AUGUCGGCUUUUACUGGAGGUUCAUCAAAGACUUCUCAAAAAUUGCACACCACUUAUGCAAACAUUUUGCAAAAAGUGGUGAAAUUCAACUUUGAUGAUGCAUGUAUGGUAGCCUUUAAGUGUUUAAAAGAAAAAUUGAUCUCCACCCCGAUUAUCAUUAGUCCUGAUUGGUCAGCACCCUUCGAAGUGAUGUGUGAUGCAAGUGGUACAGCAUCAGGUGUCGUGUUGGGGCAAAAACGCAACAAACUAUUUCAUCCCAUUUACUACACAAGCAAAACUCUGAAUGGUGCUCAAUGUAACUAUGUAGUUACGGAGCAAGAAUUACUCGCGGUGGUAUAUGCAUUUGAGAAAUUUCGGGCAUACUUGCUAGGCACUAAAGUGGUUGUUCACACUGAUCAUGCUGCUCUGCGUUAUUUGAUAGCAAAGAAGUAUGUCAAGCCAAGAUUGAUAAGUUCGUUUGGUAAUCAGUACAUUUUGGUGGCAGUAGAUUAUGUUUCUAAAUGGGUAGAAGUUGUGGCAUUACCAAACAAUGAAGGGAGAAGUGUUGUUCAGUUCCAAAAAUGUUACAUCUUUACUAGGUUCGGCACUCAUCGGGCUACUAUUAGUGAUAGAGGAUCCCACUUUUGCAAUAGGCUUUUUGCAUCCACAUUGAGCAAAUAUGGGGUGAGACAUAAAUUAGCAACACCAUAUCAUCCUCAAACGAGUGGCCAAGUGGAAGUUUCGAAUCAGGAGAUCAAGAGUAUCUUCGUUAAGACCGUAAAUGCAAAUAGGACUGAUUUGACUCGAAAUUUAGAUGAAGCACUGUGGGCAUAUCGCACCGCCUACAAGACACCAACUGGUAUGUCUUCAUAUCAACUAGUCUUUGGGAAAUCCUUCCAUUUGCCGGUUGAAUUAGAACACAAAGCAUUAUGGGGAUUAAAGGCUCUAAAUCUAGACUGGGCAUGGACUUCAAAAGGAAGAGCAGAUCAGCUCAAUGAAUUGGAUGAAUUCAGAUUUAGGGCCUAUGAAAGUUUAGCACUCUACAAGGAAAAGAUGAAGAAAUGGCACGAUUCUAGAAGCCUUAGGAGGGAAUUCCGAGUUGGAGAUUGGGUGUUGCUGUAUAAUUCUCGACUAAGACUCUUUCCGGGAAAGCUCAAAUUCAAAUGGUCAGGCCCAUUUAGAGUAACACGGGUGUUCAGUAAUGGAGCCAUUGAAGUCAAAGGUGUAGGAGACUUUGCAAAGUUAAGACUCCAUCGGCGAGUCACCGAGUCAGUUCGGCGGGAUACUUGCACCACUCGGCAACUCGCCGAAGUGAUUGGUCUACCCGACUUUCACUGCAUUUUUGCAUUAGCCCUGGUAGCCCAGAAUCUUGGAUCAUUUGGCAAGGCUUCAAUUCCAUUAGGCGAUGCGCCAAUGUAUUCGGCAGACUCCCUAUUGUUCGCCUUUUUUCCCCCACAUGGACUGGUUGCACAUGGGAAAUUUCGGCGAGCUCCAGAUCAUUUGGCGUAUCACCAAACAGUUCGGUGA